UGUUUGUUUAUCAAGUGGUCCUGACUGAAUUUAGAUGACAAAGACAACAAAGAUUUACUUUUAGCAAUUAAAAAACAAAACCGAGUGCUUUUAACCUUGAAUAGUGACGUAUCUGGCUAGGCGGAAUUCAAUUUCAGCGUUUCAGCACAAAGCCAGCGGCGGAUUCCUGACGACUCUCUUCCUGAAAAGCUGAAAAGAUCUAGUUGUGGAAAAUACACACGCUCAAACAGUCGUUUGGCAGUUGUUUAAUCGAUUCUUUAUUCGACUUUGACUUUGAACUUCAAACUUUUCACCUUUUUAUCGCGUGUAAUCUAAAAUUAGAGUUUAUUAAAGGUACGAAUAGAAAAUAAGAGAAGACGGCGGACGGAUGGACACUUCGAUCCUAUUAGCAAGCGGCAUAGGCGGCCUUGAAUCCUAGCUGAGCUGAGCAAGUCUUUAUUUUUUCAGUUUCCAUUUUCAGAGGGUACUGAUCAGUUGGCACCAGUACAACAACCAAAGUGCUCGCACAUGCCGCUCGCUACCAACUGAAAAAUAUAUCGACGAAAAUAUGGAAGCAGCCAAAGUUACGGGUAGCCCAAUUUUGCAGUACAUGGCUGCUGCUUCAGGCACCCUGGCCAUAGUAACUGAUGGCAUGCACUAUGGCUGGCCGUCUCCAUCCCUCCCCCAACUGGUAAACAGCACCAACAACACCUCCUCGAUUUCAAUCUCAUCCGAAGCGGGAUCAUGGAUGGCCGUGAUGCCGCUGAUUGGCGCCGUAGUGGGCGCUCUUACGGCCGCCUCGAUUGUGGACCGUUUGGGCAGAAAGAAAACCAUAAUAGCCACCUUCGUUCCUUUCUUUCUCGCCUGGAUGCUUAUAGCUUUCGCCGGCUCCGCCAUUGAGCUGAAUGUUGCCAGGUUUAUAGCCGGUGUUGCCGAUGGUGUCACCUUUACGGCGGUACCGAUGUAUGUCGGAGAAAUAUCGGAUCCGAAAGUGAGAGGGUUGCUGGGUUCGAGUUGUUCAGUAACCUGGAUCAUAGGGUUUUUAUUGAUUAACAUAAUCGGAUCGUAUUUGAGCAUCAGCUGGACCGCCAUCGUGUCUUCGUUCAUCCCCCUCAUAGCCUGCGUUACUUUUGUAUGGAUGCCCGAGAGUCCGUAUUACCUGCUGAUGAGAGACCGAGAGGCGGAUGCCAAAGAAAGUUUAAGAAAAUUCCGUAAGGUGCAGGAUGUGGACGACGAAAUCCUGCGGAUAAAAGAGUCGCUUCAAACGCAGAAAAAAGACGGCAGCGGUAGAUUCUUCGAUCUCUUCACCGUUAAGAGUAACAGAAGGGCUGUUUUUAUAAUCGCGGGGCUCAGAGGUUUCCAGCAAUUCAGCGGCACCACCGCAAUCACUUUUUACACGCAGGAAAUCUUCAAGCAAGCCGGCGAUGACGUUUCCCCGCAUCACGCCUCCAUGAUUUACUUCUCAGUUCAACUCCUCGUCACAAUCAUAUCCUCUGGAAUUGUGGAUAAAGCCGGAAGAAGACCUCUUCUAAUCAUCUCAAUGGCAGGUUCCGCAUUCGCCUUAUUCUUGGAAGGCACAUACUUCUACGUGAAGACUGAAACUCGCAUCAACAUAAGUUCCUAUAGUUUUAUACCAGUCGUCGUUCUCAUAGCGUUUGUGAUUAUUUUCAGUAUCGGUAUGCAGUCCAUCCCGAUUCUGAUGCUGGGCGAAUUAUUCCCGACCAGCGUGAAAGCCUUCGCCCUGUGUUUGGCCGAUGUCUAUUUCAGCCUGGUAGCCACCAUCGCCAGCAAGUUCUUGCAAAUCAUGAAAGACAAUUAUGGGAUGUACUGUGCCUUUUACGGGUUUAGUAUUUGUUCGGUUUUCGGCUUGGUUUUCAUUUUGUUGUGCGUUCCGGAAACCAAGGGGAAAACUUUGGAGGAAAUUCAAAACUAUCUUCGCGGAGAAGAGCCCAAAAAGGAUGUCGAUUCCGAUUGCACCAAGUUGUAAGAUGUUG